AUGGAUAGGCGAAGAUUCGCUAAAAACAAAUUUCAAAAAGAUCCUUUGCAUUGGACAGCCGCCAACGAUUGGCCAAAGGAGAUCAAAAAAUGCCUACAGAAAGGUGCCAAUCCGUAUCGCCCAAACGACGAUGGACUUACGCCGUUACACGCAGCAAUCGCAAACAACGCAAUGCACGGGGUAAGCCUCCUGCUCGACCAAUACUCGUCCGACGUCGCGAUCGUACGCGAGCACAUGGAGAAACGAUUCCUAUGGAAACCCGAAAUCAACUGCUGGAAAAAGCGACCCAUCCUGAUCGCCUGCUCCGAGGCUGAAUGUGCACAAGUGCAGCUGGUUGCGAGCUCCUGCCCAUCAGCUAUUCCGUUUAACAUUCAAAUUUUCGUACUGCUGCGGUCGUUAUCCGAAGGAAAUCGGCUCGUUGCGCUUGACGUCUGCUCGGAGUCGAAACGCACCGCGGUGUUUGCGUGCAUUCGGCAGCUUCUGAACAACGGAGUCCUUUCGCUCGAUAAAAGCGACUUGCGAAAGGAUUGCAUGACCUACCUACAAACGGCCUGCAUGUAUGGUAACGAGAAAAUGAUCGCACUGUUAAUAUCGCACGGAGCGCAACUAUCGAUCACGGGUGAAAAUGGUGCCAUUCCGCUCCUGUCGGUGUGUAACAUACUGAAACAGGACACCAUGAAACUGCUGCUUACAAAAUACGUCAAUCGGUACGAUCCCACCGUCUGCGAUAGCCAGGGAAGAAAUGCGUUUCAUAUCGUUUUACAAAAGAAUAAUCCUGCGCAAGCUGAUUACGUGCUGAAGGCACUGAUAAAAUACCGAAUGGCACAAUUUUCUGAAACAGAAUCGCAAGCAUUCAACCGGAUAUUCCCUUACGAAUACGAAGAGCUCGAUUGCAUACCCACGUGGAGCUUCGUGCGACCGAAUGUAAAGAAUUUGGUCACCGAAUAUGUAGUGCAAUACCGGCUCGAUUUGACGUACAAAUGGGGCGGCAAUUUGCACGUGCUCGAUCUGCUGUCUCGCAAAAUAGCGCUUGAUUAUUGCUUUGAAGAAAUUCGAGCUAAUCACGACAUUUUGAGGCUGGAUGCGCAUCGCGAAAUGAACGUACUGCAUCGUUUGCUCGACAACGAUCUGCUGGCGUUCGUCGAGGAACUGUAUGCGGAAAAUCCUGCCGUGAGGAAAAUUUUCGAAACCAAGGGUGCAUUUGAAAUCCUUCAGGGUGCGUUGCACAAACAAGACAUGAACUUAUUAACUUUCAUACUGCAACACCAUACCGAGUUUUUACGAUCACGCCCAGACGAACUGAUAGAAUUCGCUCUUGGUGCAACUUGGUUUGGGAAAUGUACGUACCAGAAACCUUUUGCACUGCUCGCGGAAUCAUUUCCAGAGAUGCAACACAAAAUCAACGAAACUAUUGCGUUAGCGACCAAAGUGCAAAAAAUGCAAUCUUUCAGAGAUGUGUACAGCGAUUUAACAAAGAAUUUUGAACGGACAAUAGAGACGUUAACAGCGGACGCUAAACACCUGCAGGACAUAUUAGACGAUCAACAGAGAAAUGUUCUCCAUCAAGCGGUAGAAUGGAAUGAACCUCUGUUAAUAAGAAAACUGCUGGAUUACGAUGGCGAUCUGAUGAACUGUCAAGAUGAGAUGGGAAAUUUGCCUAUUUUUCUCGUACGAAGUAUGGAAGCGUUAGAGAUGCUGUACGAAAAAACGCCCGUCGGUCCAACCGACACCAACACCAACGGAUACAACCUGCUGCAUCACAGCUGUAAAUUUGGACAUUAUAAUAGCGAAAAAGUGCUGUCCAAACUGGUGUCUUGGGGCUACGACGUGAACCAAGCCACCAACGAUGGUAGUGUUCCUUUAUCGCUUGCAUCGUGCUGUUCGACGGUUAAAUUUCUACUUCAGAACGGUGCAAAGCUUGAGCUGAUCAAUGGGACCGCUCUGGGCAGUACAUUAAACGAUAAGCAACGGUGUGCCGCCUGGGCACUGAUUCCCAAAAUUGCCCACUUCGAUUGGUUCGAAGGAAUGGCCCACAAGUACCUGCCCUGGAUGUUAGGAGGCCAAAAUCGCGACUUUUUCAUGUGCAGCACAGGAUAUCACCUGGAGGAGUAUCCCGAGCUACGGAAAACGCUGUUCGACAGCCUCUACAAGCACACCCCAGACGAAGCAGCAGAGUUUUUUCGCAAAGUGUGUCACCGAGCGAUCAAUAGUUGUGCACGUUGGUUUUUGGAUUACGGAUAUGAGAUAGAUUUCGACCUGCGCGAUCAGGACGACUACACUCCUCUCAAUGGACUGCUUUCGUACAUGGAAGAAGAAAACCUGGAUGUUGUGGAGCGGUUGCUUAAAAAAGGCGUAAAUCCGAACAUUAAAAAUCAAUGGGGACGCAACGCCUUGCUGGCCAUUGUCUGCCAUUUUCGGUCUGCGCAAUGGUACGGACAUUCACUGGCAACUAUCGAGCUGCUGCUUGACUAUGGUGCGGAAAUAGAUGCCCAGGACACGGAUGGUAACACUGCGUUGCAUCACGCAUUCAUGGAAGGGCAGUUGGAGCUGGUUGAACUGUUAAUCAAACGGGGAGCUAACAGAAAGCUCCGAAACAACCAAAAUAAGCUACCGUAUGAGAAAGGUGAUAAACACACGCAAACUUUGUACGCAUUUUUAUGCUAA